AUGGCUCAAAAUCAGGUCAAGGAUACCGAUAUUGCAGUUCUGAUUGCCGCAAUUCAAAGCUCAGUGGGCCCUAUUCAAGUUGAUGCCGAAAAAGUGGCAAAGCAUCUGGGCAUGAGCUUGUCGAGCAUCCCGCCCAAGUUCACGGCUAUUCGGAAGCGGUACAACAUUGACAUCAAGGUCGUCAACUCCGGAGCCUUGCAGCGCAAUCGCCAACACAGCCCCAAGAAGAGGCUCUCGGGGCACGGGCCUAAGCCCGUGAGGAAUGUUAAUACUCGAACACAAUCGGGGAAUGAAUGCGUGAUGGAGUUACCAGAAGGGCUUGUCUUCGAGCCAGCUGUGGUUGCGAAACAUGAGAGUCCGUGA